AUAGGGGGGCUGCGGCGCGGCCAGGGACCGGCGCCCAGUGACGUCCCCGCUCCGAAGAGACGCCGGGGCAAGUGACUGCAGCAUCCACCGCAGCAGCCGCCUCCCCCACCCGGGGGGGGACACGCAAGCCCGCCCCACGCCCCAGCCCAUUGCCCCGAGAGCGGCGGGGGGCCGGCUCUGAUCGCGGGGAGCCGGGGCUCACCAUGGCCAACAGACCCAAGACCAGCGAGGCCUUGAAGGUGGUGGCCCGAUGCCGCCCCAUGAACAGGAAGGAGGAAGCGGCUGGGUACGAGAGGGUCUUGGAGAUGGAUGUGAAACUGGGGCAGGUGACCCUCCGGAACCCCAAGGCCACCCCCGGGGAGCUGGCGAAGACCUUCACGUUCGACGCCGUGUAUGACGCCAGCUCCAAGCAGGCGGACCUGUACGAUGAGACGGUCAGGCCCCUGAUAGACUCUGUCCUGCAAGGAUUCAACGGGACCGUCUUUGCUUACGGCCAGACAGGCACUGGGAAGACCUACACUAUGCAAGGGGCCUGGACGGACCCAGAGAAGAGAGGGAUCGUCCCCAAUUCCUUUGAGCACAUCUUCACCCACAUCUCCCGAUCCCAGAACCAGCAGUACCUAGUGAGGGCAUCCUACCUGGAGAUCUACCAAGAGGAGAUCCGAGACCUUCUGGCGAAGGACCAGAGCAAGAAACUGGAUCUGAAGGAGAACCCCGAGACGGGAGUUUACAUCAAAGACCUCUCCUCGUUCGUGACCAAGAACGUCAAGGAGAUCGAGCACGUCAUGAACCUGGGCAACCAGACCCGAUCGGUGGGCAGCACCAACAUGAAUGAGUACAGCUCCCGCUCGCACGCCAUCUUUGUGAUCACGGUGGAGUGCAGCGAGACCGGCCUGGAUGGAGAGGACCACAUCCGGGUGGGCAAACUCAACCUGGUGGACUUGGCAGGCAGCGAGCGCCAGAGCAAAAUGGGGGGGCCAGGGGAGAGGCCUAAGGAGGCUUCCAAGAUUAACCUCUCCCUCUCAGCUCUGGGCAACGUCAUCUCUGCCUUGGUCGAUGGCAAAAGCACUCACAUCCCCUACAGAGACUCCAAGCUGACUCGUCUCCUGCAGGACUCCUUGGGUGGCAAUGCCAAGACCAUCAUGGUAGCCACCCUAGGCCCAGCCUCUCACAGCUAUGAUGAAAGCUUGUCCACCCUCAGGUUUGCCAACAGGGCAAAGAACAUCAAGAAUAAGCCAAGGGUCAACGAGGACCCAAAGGACACCCUGCUGCGGGAGUUCCAGGAGGAGAUCAUCCGGCUGAAAGCCCAGCUGGAGAAGCGAGGGAUGCUGAGCAAGAAGAGGAGGCGAAACAGCCGAAGGAAGAAGGUGGUAGAUGGAGAGGGCAAUACGGAGGCCGAAGGGGAGGAGGACAAUGAUGAUGGCCUGGAGAAGAACAUGGAGAAUUACUUGAAGGAGCAGAAGGAGAGGCUGGAAGAGGAGAAGGCAGCCAUUCAAGAUGACCACAGCCUGGUGAAUGAGGAGAAGCAGAAACUGCUGGAGGAGAAGGAGAAGAUGAUAGAGGAUCUGAGGAAGGAGCAAGAAGCCACCGAGUUACUGGCCAUUAAGUACAAGGCGAUGGAGAGCAAGCUGCUGAUAGGAGGGAGGAACAUAAUGGACCACACAAAUGAGCAGCAGAAGAUGCUGGAGCUGAAGAGGCAGGAAAUCGCUGAGCAGAAACGUCGAGAGCGGGAGAUGCAGCAGGAGAUGCUGCUGCGGGAUGAGGAGACCAUGGAGCUGCGGGAGACCUUCACGUCUCUGCAGCAGGAAGUGGAGAUCAAAACCAAGAAGCUGAAGAAGCUGUAUGCCAAGCUGCAGGCGGUGAAGGCAGAGAUUCAGGACCAGCAUGAUGAGUACAUCAGAGUGCGGCAGGACCUGGAGGAAGCGCAAAAUGAACAGACACGGGAACUUAAACUCAAAUACUUGAUCAUUGAGAACUUUAUCCCUCCUGAAGAGAAGAACAAGAUCAUGAACCGCCUGUACUACGACUGUGAGGAGGACCAGUGGAAGUUCCAGCCGCUCGUGCCUGCUGGAGGCAACAACCAAAUGAAGAAGAGGCCAACCUCUGCCGUGGGCUACAAGAGACCCAUCAGCCAGUAUGCGCGGGUGGCCAUGUCCAGGGGUUCCCACCCUAGGUACCGGGCUGAGAACAUCAUGUUCCUGGAGCUGGACCUGUCCCCCCAAGCUGUGUUUGAAUUUGAGCUGACCGGGGACCAGAGCGAGCAGGACCCACGAGCUCUGCACCUUGAGAGACUGAUGCGCCUGGAUAGUCUUCUGGAGCGGCCGGCAGCUGCCAGGGUGAGGAAGUCCCGAUCCUGGUGCCAGACACCCCGGCUGCUGCCACCCUCAACAACUCACGGUUCCCUGGUGGCCGUGUCCCAGUGUCCCCGCACGAUGCCAGCUCAUGAGUGACGCCCUGCAGCUCCUCCCUUCCCUUCCAUCUUACAGCAAGGACUACGCCACCCAUCACUGGCUGCUUCCGAAAACGCUCGGCCGGGGAAGGGGAUUCCCCACUGGCAGCCUCUCCGCCCGGUCCCAUCUUGUCUUUGUCUUCAGCUACUUCUUGUGUGUGUGUGUUUGUGUGAGACACUCAGCGUCGGUUCCUGGGGACACGGGCGCUGCCUCCCUCCUCCCAUCUGGAUCUGUCACUUUAUUUAUUGAUCAUAUUUAUUUAUGAAGCAGUUUGGCAAUGCAGAGUUAGGAGACAUGUUCAGAAUAAGGCGCAGGCAAGCUGGUGAUGGGCACCAUGCAGAUUGCUCCCUUCUACUACCCUCGCAUCUUGUUUAAAGCAGGAGCCAGCCGCAGCCUGCGGCAGCUGCUUUUUCUUUGUGUCAUUGGCAGACUGCCUGCCCCUAAUGCACAGUCACCUCCUCAGAGGGGGAAACAAGCAGAAGAUGGGGGAGAAGCUAAGCCCUCUCUCUCUGGUGGCUUUCUUGUGAGAUGAGAUCACUCAGAGCUCUCCAUGGACUUCACAUGUGGGGUGGUGGUUUGCUUUGCCAGAUUUCCUGGGAUACCCCACGAGUCCCGUGCACAGGCUGACGGCCACUCCCACAAGUGUUUGUGGAUUUUCUGGCAGCUGGACCUUGCGUUUGCUGGCCAUGGAUGAAGAGACACUUCCUGUGCCGUAUCGACAGCAGCAGCAUUGACGUCUCCUUGAGUUCUGGGCUCAGCUCUCACCCUGUGACGAACAAAGGGGGUAUGGAUUAACCAAACCUAGCCAACAGGGGGAGCUAAAGUCUUCCAGUGAUCCUGGGACUUUGCUCGCCAACCGUCCCGUUUGGCGAUGGCUGGGCUCGCCCCAUUGAGUCAUCUGACGUCCACCUUGGUUCACAGUCCCUCGUUGGGGUGGAACUGCCAGUGGGACUCUCGUGUUCUCCCCAGAGAAGUGCACAGAGGCUGGAGAACAACAUUAUCUAUUUGGAAAGUGACCUUGCAGGUCAAAGCAGAAAUGAAAGUUUCUACUGUCCGUGGCAGCCAGAGGGAAAGAAUCAGUGACGGGCACACGAGCCGGUGCCAGGAGAGGUGACUUGAACACACCUAUCCCUUGCACUGGCUACCUGGACUAGGUGUUACAAGGUGUUAAACUGCUAGUCUCAGGAACAUCUUUGGUCUGGUGCAGGGGCUGUGGAGGAGAGCGGGGCAGCUGGUAAAAGAAGUAGGGACAAGAGGCUAGGCGCUUUUGUCCAGUCCUGAGGGACGAGGAUUAAAACAUGGCUCCGGCAACAGCAUGGACGGCUACUGUUAGAACAAAGUUCAGUGUUCCCGAGUGCGUCGAUGUUCAGCAGUUCAGCUGAGGGCAGGUGCAUCCUCACCUGAGACCUUCUGGGUGGAUGUGCCAGGCCACUGAGUGAGCAUAGACAGUUAUGGGCUCUUGGAUAGUUUGCAAAAGUGUAGUGCCAGGGGAUUGGGGUGAGGGGGUGGAAAGAGAUCAAAGACCUUUGCAAGAUCAUAGUCAAAGAGAAAGUGAUUUUUCAAUCAAGAAGACUUGGGUUAUGAAAUUGUCCUUCCACUGCUCCUGGUCUGAGGCCAGCAUCCUGCUGGAGCAGAAGAAGGAGAUGCGUCCUGGAAUCCAGACGACUGGGCUUGAACUAGGAAAUCCUAGGAGGAUAUGAGGGCUGGCCCCAUAGAGUGUAUUGUUCUGAGACCAAGGGAGUUUCUUAUUAGGGUCUGGCCACCACCUGUCUUGUAGCCUUCUGCACUUACGACUGCUUCCCUCUCUCCCUGUCUCAAUGUCACUGCUGUUUGCCUCUACCACUCUCUCUAAAACUUUCUGCUCCCAAGUGCGCAGCUGUUGAAACCCACAGGCCAUUGAACUGUGGUGGCAACGGAGGAGUGGGAAGGCCUGGGGCCUCACUCAGCUUUCAGAGGGGAGACACCGACAGCAUCUUAUUUCAAAGACUUUGAGUGCUACAUAAAAGGGUGGCGGGAGGGUCACUGCAGGGAUCACUGGGUAGCAAAUCCCUGCAUUAUGGGAAUCAGCUAAUUAGUCCCCCCAGAUCAAGGGCUUUGUUUGUACAGAUUAGAGAGGAACAAACCAUUGCUGAGUCAGUUUUCCAUUUAGUCCCCAGGUCACGGAUGGGUAAAGCACGGCCUAUGAAGUCCCCAGAACUCAACAACAGGGCCUUCAACCACCCUCUUGUUUCAUUCCAUGGUGUAGCCCAUGGAAGCUGCAGGCUGCAAUGUUGUCUUUCAGAGCGUAGCAGCCCUGCCCGCUGCCUGCUGGGAUCUGGAGUCUCAGUUGGCCGCAGGUGCCUGUUUAAAGAUGAAGCCAGCUGCUACUUUUUCCAAGAUACGUUCAGGCUCCCAACCAGCCAGCAUGGAGCUUCCAAACUGGGCACUGGCCAGCGGGUAGGCCCCCUGCUUCUGCAUUACCAGAAUCAACAAUGCUUGUGCAUUAUCACUACCAACACUUCUCUCUAGCGCUCGCCCCUUUCACCAGCUUCUGACAGGGGAAGGAUGGCACUCGUUGUGCCUUGCAUCACUUGAGAUGAUGUGGGUGUGUAAAGCUGGUGAGAGAAGCCGCAGCUGUCUGACUGAGGUUAGAAACUAGCCGUGCCCAUCUGCAGUGGGUAGAAAAGCUAACAGAGCAACCCAAAAAAGCACAUUCAGGUGAGGGAUCCAUGAGAUCGGGUUCAUGGAAGAUCCUCUGUAGGACUGGGGACCAUGCUGCCAUAGAGCAGUGCCAGUCACAGGGAGUGUCAGUGACAGGAGCAAGGGGAGGUGAGAGUGAAAGCUGGGACACAUUCCUACUCUCUCUGUGACCACGGAGAUGUCCCUUCUCUAGUGCCAGCACCAUACUGAAGGUAUUGAAGACAGGCUCAGUCCCCCUUGGACUUACCCCACACUUAUGAAAUUGAGCACUGGGCUGCAGGAGGAAGGAUACACACUGAAAAGUGGGGGUUCCAUGUACCCCCUUCAGAUAUGCUAGUGGCUCCCCAAUUAUCCCAUCUCCAUGCUAAGUAAGGGGGCUGGGUAAGCAGAGACCUGGCCUAGUUAUAUGUUAUAUGUGGCUGGGGGGCAGGCAGGUGAUCAGAUUUUGUGGGAUGGAACUAGCUGAGGCUACAAAUGGGGAGCUGUUGGCAGAUUCUUUGGGGGUGGAGAGUUCACUCUGUUCAUCUGGGGCUAAGGUCUGCAGCUGAUGGUUGGAUCUAGACUGUUCUCAGUGGUACCAGAUGACAGAACAAGGAGUAAUUGUCUCAAGUUGCAGUGGGGGAGGUUUAGGAAACACUGUUUCACUGGGAGGGUGGUGAAGCACUGGAAUGGGUUCCCUAGGGAGGUGGUGGAAUCUCCAUCCUUAGAGAUUUUUAAGGUCAGGCUUGACAAAGCCCUGGCUGAGAUGAUUUAGUUGGGGUUGAUCCUGUUUUAAGCAGGGGGUUGGACUAGAUACCCCCUGAGGUCCCUUCCAAUCCUGAUCUUCUAUGGUUAUAUGAUGGUUUCUCAUUCCUGCUGCCUCACCCUAGAGCUUGGCCCAUAAUGUUGUGAAGAAGCAUGGGGGUCUGUGCUGGUUUAACCUGAGAGAUUUGCUCCUUUACCUCACCCAGAAGCAGGGCACCUGCCUCAGGAUCCCCAAACUCAUUAAACUUCUCUCCAGGCUAGAGGAGAGAGCUAACAUGGAGCGUGAGCAGCUGGGAAUGAUUGCAUGGACAGCAUGCCAGGUGGAGGAGCUUCUCUCCAGUACCAUCCACAGGGAGUGACUUGGGCUCCAUCCCUCCAUGAGUGGGUCAAAAGCAACUCCCCACCCAAAUGCACCGAGGGAAGGUGUGUCCCAUUCCCAGCUCCAAGAACAAAACCUCUUCUCCCCCUUUACUGAAGAGGAACUUGAACUAGCUAAGGCAGCUGCAGAACAGCCUCUCUUACCUUCCAUUUCCACAUUGCUUUGAACGCACAGACUCGGGAUGCCUGAUUUGCAGGAUUGUGUGCCCCCCUGGAUGUAGCUUCAAACACAGCCAGAGAGAGCAGCUGGAUUUUCAUUCGAGCGCCAGAGCCACCUGCAAUGAGUGUGCUGGAAAUUGGCUGAGCUAGACACACAAAGGCACCUGUAGGCAAAUGCAGUUGCCCUUUAGCUCCUGUCCAACCAUUUCUAGGAGUCCAGCACAGGCCAGUUUGGUAGUGGUAGAUACCCAGUUUUAGACAUGUUGACCUCUGGGCCUGCCCACCCACUCGUAAUACAGAGACACCCCUGCUCUCUUCUUUAGCAUGGCAUACAGGCUGGAUAAGUGCAGACACGGGUCACUAGCCUGCCUGUCAAGGGCUAAAUACCAUCUCCCACUGCGUCUUGUGCUGCCUGUUUGCCCUCCGGAGGGCAUUUUCUGUGCCGUGAUGAAGCACAGGACCGAGACAGGAUUACAGCUAUGAUGGGGCCCAUGUGAAAACUCUCCAGCCGUCUCAGCUGCUCUCAUUAAGAAACCUCCCUGGUGGGUUGGAAAUUUGACACAGACAGUUUGGGAUCACAUCUCGCCACUUGGUCAGCUUUGAAUUUUGAUUUAGACCUAAGAAAACUCCCCAGGCAGUGCCCCCAAUCAGUGGCGUGCAGACAGCUCCGCAUGUGCCUGCGCAUGAGUGCCGGGGGUGGCGCUGAGCUCUCAAUGCCUAAGUGCCGCUUUGACGCAUCUGUUGCGCGUGGACAUCUAAAAAUCUCACGCACACUCAAUCUGCUGCUGCCAAGAACCUCACGAUCUUCUUAGCACAAAAACCAAGUAAGGCUGUAAACAAACACUGAUGAGAACCACGAAGCUAGCAGUGGUGUCUGCCCUCUGCCUUGGUACGAGGGGCUGGAUCACUCCCACAGCCUCAUCGCGUUGCUGCAACCUCAGAUGUAUAUUUCUAUUGUUCUUUGUAUGUUGGUAUGUAAGUAUUUACAUAGGAACGUAUGUAGGUGUGUGCAGGUGUGUGUGAGUCACCAAGGGGACUAUUUACUAUCAGUGUGAGCAACGACCGGGCAGAUUCCAGAGGGGGAUAGCAGGUUGGUAUUUUUUUUAAUUGAUCAGCUGAUUGACUGACAAGGUGAGGGCUUUGAUUAGGACCAAAUUUUUGUGCCUGUUGUUAUGGUGAUUUAUUUAAGAAUCAAAAGUUUCCUGUAUGGUGGCCCGUCCUUGUCACUCUAUACAUAUGAAUAUACAGGACAUAUUAUAAAUAUAUAGAUAUUAUACAUACUGUGUUGGGAAAGGUCAUUGUCCCCACACCCCCUCUGGCUUUGGAUGGAGACUUCUUCAAUACUCUGUAAGGUAGCUUUGAUGUGCUGGAAAUGAACAGAAAGUGCCAGCACCAUUCAAAAUGGCAACAAGGACAACAAUAAAGGAAUGAGCAUCAUUGCAAAGAUG